AUGGUGCAAGGAGGGAAGCGGCUCAGCAGCGUUUCUUUCCUCAGAAGCAGAAAUAAACACCCUUCUGCUACGCAACCUGCAGCAUGAUGUUGGUGCCAGUGGUUUUAUUCUUCGGUCUGCUCUCUCUGAACCCAGCAGCUACUGAAGUGGGUCUCGGUGGUAAAGUGCUUCUGUUCCCGUACGAGACUGAUUUCAGCUACGUUCAGCUCACACCUAAGAAGCCACUGGGCCUUACAGCGUUCACGCUCUGCAUGCGCGUCGCGACGGAGCUCCAGGGCGAGCGUCAGAUCAUUCUGUUCGCCUACCGGACGCCUGACUUCGACGAGCUCAACGUGUGGAGAGAGAGAGACGGCCGCGUGUCCUUCUACCUCAGUGGCGACGGAGCGUUUUUCCACCUGCCGCCUCUCUCCACCUUCCGGACUCACCUGUGCCUCACCUGGGCCUCGCGCACCGGACUCACGGCCUUCUGGGUGGACGGACGCCGCAGCGCGCUUCAGCUGUAUAAACCGGGUCACAGCAUCCAUCCGCAGGGCACCGCUCUGCUCGGACAGGACCCCGACAAACACCUGGGCGACUUUGAGGCGGUGCAGAGCUUCGCCGGCGAGCUCACGGACCUGAACAUGUGGGACCACGCCCUCACGGGAAACCAGAUCAAAGCGCUGUAUUUGAACCACGCGCAGCGUGUGCCGAGAGGAAACGUGUUCGACUGGAGAACCAUCGAAUAUGAGAUUAAAGGAAACGUGCUGGUCGUGCAAGAUGAUUGAGAUAUCCAGGCACAUACAACUGCAUAUGCACAUUUGCUAUCGUUUUGUGUAUUUAUAGAAUAUUCUGUUUAAUUGGAAAUGCGCCAACAAUGUAAGUAAGCAUGCUAAUAUUUCAGCAUCACAAAGUAGUCUGAGCAUACUUUUUAUUUCAUCAUAAACUUUGGAUAAUAACGGGUAAAUCGAUGACUGAUAAAUGUUAUUUAAAAGUGUAAUAAUAGACUGAUCAAUCAUAACCCAAAUAUUAAGCCAAAAGGAUUCAUUUUAGGCGUACUGUAUUUAUAUGUCAGCUUUACCUGCUCAGAAAAUUGACACUUGCUCGGUCUUAUCAGUCGAAUUGACUAAAGCAUCUGCUAAGAACUUUAAAUGUAGAUGGAACAAUUUGUCUGUACUUAAAAACGAUGUAAUAAAAAAUGAUUUGUUCAUGUG